GCGCUCGCAGCUUCUCGUUCUCGCCGCCCGCCCUCCCGCUCCCUUGCUCGCUCGCGCUUUCCUCGCGGUUCGAGGAGACUCUGGCCACAGCUUGUGGCUGGGAAGGGAGAGGCGGUGGCCCAGGGGAAGCGAAGCUACAGUAGCGGCGGUGGGAAGAUGUCGGGCGAGGAUGAGCAACAGGAGCAAACUAUCGCCGAGGACCUGGUCGUGACCAAGUAUAAGAUGGGGGGCGACAUCGCCAACCGGGUACUUCGAUCUUUGGUGGAAGCAUCCAGCUCAGGUGUGUCAGUAUUGAGUUUGUGUGAGAAAGGGGAUGCCAUGAUUAUGGAAGAAACAGGGAAAAUCUUCAAGAAAGAAAAAGAAAUGAAGAAAGGUAUUGCCUUUCCUACCAGCAUUUCGGUAAAUAACUGUGUAUGUCACUUCUCCCCUUUGAAGAGUGACCAGGACUAUAUUCUCAAGGAAGGUGACUUGGUAAAAAUUGAUCUUGGGGUCCAUGUGGAUGGCUUCAUAGCUAAUGUGGCUCACACUUUUGUGGUUGGUGUAGCUCAGGGUACCCAAGUAACAGGUCGGAAAGCAGAUGUCAUUAAGGCAGCUCACCUUUGUGCUGAAGCUGCCUUACGUCUGGUCAAGCCCGGAAACCAGAAUACACAAGUGACAGAAGCCUGGAACAAAGUUGCCCACUCAUUUAACUGCACGCCAAUAGAAGGUAUGCUGUCACACCAGUUGAAGCAGCAUGUCAUUGAUGGAGAGAAAACCAUUAUCCAGAAUCCCACAGACCAACAGAAGAAGGACCAUGAAAAGGCUGAGUUUGAGGUACAUGAAGUAUAUGCUGUGGAUGUCCUUGUCAGCUCAGGAGAAGGCAAGGCCAAGGAUGCAGGACAGAGAACCACCAUUUACAAACGAGACCCCUCUAAACAAUAUGGCCUGAAAAUGAAAACUUCACGUGCCUUUUUCAGUGAGGUGGAAAGGCGUUUUGAUGCCAUGCCAUUUACUUUAAGAGCAUUUGAAGACGAGAAGAAGGCUAGGAUGGGUGUAGUGGAGUGUGCCAAACAUGAGUUGCUACAACCAUUUAAUGUUCUCUAUGAGAAGGAGGGUGAAUUUGUUGCCCAGUUUAAAUUUACAGUUCUACUCAUGCCCAAUGGCCCCAUGCGGAUAACUAGUGGUCCUUUUGAGCCUGACCUCUACAAAUCUGAGAUGGAGGUCCAGGAUGCAGAACUAAAGGCCCUUCUCCAGAGUUCUGCAAGUCGGAAAACCCAGAAAAAGAAGAAAAAGAAGGCCUCCAAGACUGCAGAGAAUGCCACCAGUGGGGAGACAUUAGAAGAGAAUGAAGCUGGGGAUUGAGGUGGGUCCCAUAUCCCCAGCUUGCCAUUCCUGCCUCAUCCCCUUCCCACCACACCCCGGGCUCUGUGAAGUGCAGUUCGUCUUCUCCACCCAAGACCACCAGCAGAGCGGGGUAUCCCUGUCCUCGUCCCAGUCUCCCAAACCACCCUCUUCCAACAGAAACCAGCUCCAACUGACUCUGGUCUUGGGAGGCUAGGCUUCCCUGCCACUGAAGACUACUUUAGAAACAAAGAGAUUGAAUAAUAAAAUCAGGAGUCAAAAUCCAUCGUCUUCAAGCCCCUCUUUCUAGCCUUUUCUACUACUCUGCUUGGUCAAAGUUUGUGGCCCUACAACAGAACAGGGAGGAGGCUAAAGCAGCCACCACCACUAAAAACCUCAGCGGAAAUUUUUAUACCGGUCUGAUGUCAGCAUUUUCUCAUCCUGCUGGGGGCUUUUUUUUCUGUUCCCCAUAUUGUUCCCAAGUAUUUAAUCUGCCCUCAAAAUUAAGAACUGUUCUUCAGAUUAUUUUUAUUCACUUGUGGCAGAUUCCUCGUGUGAUCUAGCUAGGCCCUGUUUCUGGGAUCUGAAGUUGCCCAUUUAUGAAGAUAAUUUUUCUCAUCUAUCAAAUGGAUCCUCAUUUGUAACCCUUUUAGUAAAUUUUGUUCUGCAGGAUCCUUCCCCAUUUUCACAAAGUUGUGAUGACAGGAUCCAUCUCAACUUGUUUUCUCUGGAGUCAGUGGGGCUUUCCUUCACUCCAUCUUCCAAGAACCAAAACUGGAUAUUCCACUGUGGUUUUGUUCCCUGUUUGAAAUAUUUUGACUUCCCUCCCUUGAAGGAAAACCAGGAACCAGAGAAGUAGACUUUACUAAAGAGACAACUGGCUUUCUGAUGCUGUGGACUUGGAUGAAUUGCUGGGGGGGAGGGGUGUUAUGGAGAAUGGUGACAAAUUUCAGUACCUCUGGCAUGCUGUCCUAGGGAACCAGGGCUCCCACUAACUUAUGAGGUUUUUAAAAUGACAUGGCAUUAAAAUAAAUUUGGAUUUGCUCAUAA